AUGGAGCCAAUCACAGCUCUGGCAUUUGCUGGAAAUGUGCUUCAGUUUGUAGAGUUUGCCUUUAAAAUCGCCCGCGCAGGUCAUGCGUUUUAUCGCACCGAGGAUGGUAGUGAGGGCGGACUUGAGCUUGAAGACGUCUAUGAAAGAUUGCAAGCUCUCAGCGGCCAGUUGAGCCUGACAAUCAACAAUGGCAUGUCAAGGGAUGAGAAAGCUGUGGCCGAGCUUGGUACUUCCUGUCGAGCCGAUUGCGAUCAUUUGCUCCAAAUCAUCCAGACAUUGAGAUCCCAGGGCCAAAAAUGGAAGAGUUUUCGAUCUGCAGUGAGAUAUGUGUGGAAAGACAAGCAGGAAAUCGAGGCAUUGCAAUCUCGUCUGCGCGAUAAGCAGCAAAUUUUGAAUCUGCAUAUUUCCUCAAUCACAAGCAAAACUCUGAAGAGACUUGAUGGCGAUUUCCAAAGGCUAUCAGAGCUUAAUGCAAAGAAUGAAGUAGACCACGAAUUACGUCUGGACAAAAUUUGCCAAUCGCUGGAAGAAAUCAAAGACAUGCUUUCUUCUGCCCAUGGAGCCAACCAAUCCAUCUCGGCCUCGGACGUCGAGACACUUGCGUCGCAACUCUCUCAAGUGUCUUUAUCUGAACGAGAUGUUGCAAAAGAACAGGCAAUCCUCUACAGUUUGGACUACGAAAGAAGAUCCGCGCGUUACGAAGCCAUUUCAGAGGCCCACAAAGCGACAUUCAAUUGGGUUUUCGACGAUGUAGAGCGUAAAGGCCUCGGAGCGGAAAAGUUUCUUGACUGGAUCAAGACGUCUGGAGAGGUAUUCUGGAUUUCUGGCAAACCAGGGAGUGGCAAAUCAACGUUCAUGAAGUUUGUCGCUGGCCAUGAACAGAUUUUGAAAGCAGCUUCGCUCUGGUCGGACCCCGAUGAAGUGAUCAUCGCCAGCCAUUACUUUUGGAAAGCGGGCGAAUCCAUGCAAAAGUCUCAGGCGGGCUUCCUCCAAGGACUGUUAUACGAUAUUCUGAGGCAAAAACCACACAUUACUCAGGCUAUUUGUGGUCGACAAUGGGGUCUGUCCGUUCCGAAUGCCCAUCUACAAAGAUGGACUUUGCAAGACUUGCAGCAGAGUUUUGAUACCCUUUCCACCAACGACUCGUUGAAACUCAAGAUUGUGUUGUUCGUUGAUGGCCUUGAUGAAUACGAAGGUGAUCAUAUUGACUUGUGUCUAUUCCUGAAAGACCUCGCCAGGAAUUCCUCCAAUAUCAAGAUAUGUGCGGCAAGUCGGCCAGAAAAUGCAUUCGAGGACAGUUUCGGGUCGGAUCUCUCGCAUAGAAUCAACAUACAUGAACUGACCAGCAACGACGUCCUACGGUAUUCGCAAAGCCGUUUGACCGAACACCCGAGAUGGACACAGAUCACUAAAGAGUCCCGAGAUCUACAGUCAGUCUGUCAAGACAUUGCCAAUCGAGCUCAAGGAGUUUUCCUUUGGGUCAAACUCGUGACACAAUCUCUCAGGGACGGUAUGACAGGUUACGAUACUGCAGAAGAGUUAGAGAGUCGCCUUGACAGUCUGCCCUCUGAUUUGGAAUCUCUCUACAGACAUCUUUUGUUGUCCGUGGACCCACAGUAUCAUCAAAAGAUGGCAGAGAUAUUACUGAUGAUGUCGGAUAUGGGAGGCUCCCAACAUUGGGAACUUUUUGUAAUGCACGAAAAGUCUUAUCAAGAUGUUCGAUACGCACAUAAGAUUACACUUCCAAAUCUGGACCAACGGGAGUCAGCACAAGAAAUCCUGGAUGAGUGGGAAUCAGAAAGGAUAACCCUGACUCGCCGCCUCAUGAGUCGAUGUCGAGGACUUCUCGAGAUCAAGGACCAAAAUGUUGAAUGGAUCCACCGUACCGCUCAUGAUUUUAUCAAAUCAGACGAAAUGCAAAACUACCUCGGAGGGAAAUGCCGACCAAACUUCAAUUCUGCGAUGGCCGAACUUCGUGCUCGUGUCGCUUGCGUCACCACUACAGACGGAGUGCUCCCGGGUAAUAUGCAAAUACGUCAUCUACUCUCUAGAAACAGGAGUCGUAUACUGCUUAAUCUUCAAUGCAUCACUUUCCGAAUCUGGGAUUAUUACAGCGGUGCUCCACUCCUUGGUAGAACAGAGGAACUAGAGGCAUUCGACCUAUUAGAUCGCCUUGCUCAGAAGUUGCUGCCUCACAUGGAUGGUAUCCGGGGCAAAACAGGCGUUUCUAUGGAUCAGGAGAUUCCGAUAGGGAAGCUUACUGAAGUGCGAAAUCAUGCUUUGAUUAGACCCAUUGACCAUGAACUCGUGCCAGAGUUCGUAUUAGCUAAUUGUCUGCGCUAUGGUUUGCACAAGUUGAGAAUGGACCCUGAUUACUUCAGGUAUUCCACAGUCCCAGCUUUACGCAUUGUUCUAGAAAUAUAUGUUGAUGGUGCUACAGAAAGAGCAGAAAUCACUUAUGAACUGCUUAAAAACGGCUACGAGCUCAAUCGUGGGUUUUUGCUCGUACAUGAAGCUGUAACUUAUAGCUUCCUUGAUGAGAGGGCUACGUAUAGCGAGGUGGAACCUUACAACUUGAAGACCCCUUGGAUCUGUUACAUUGAGGCCAUAGGCUUAUCGUCUACCUACGGUUCAUGUCGACAUGUCGAGAAGAUGCUUCAUUGGUAUAGGUGGCAGAAGCUACACAUCUUCGGUAUUGUGAAUGGCACAGAGCCAUUUGAAAACAGGCGUUCGUCGAAACACUUCAUUCAUAACUUGAGUCAUGGCUUUCUCUCCAAGCUCUUGCAUUAUGGCGCAGAUCCAAACGCCCAGUCCACUCCCUUUACCACGGCAUGGACAAGUUUUGUUUGCGCAGGAGUAACUCAACAUGAAUUGCUCCAAGCUGAAAAUGCCUAUCUCGAAGCACUCGAUGGGUUUUUACAAAACGGUACUGAUCUUGGAGCGUCUACCAUUGGCUUGACACUCGACCCCGGAAGCACGCGUACACGCUUGCCCUGGAAGAUGAUUACAGGCUGGGACAUGUUCUGCGAGCAUCUGGAACACGAGGCUCUCAAGCAUGAUGACAAGAGGAUGCUACCAUUCACUGCCAAAAUUACGACGCGGAUGAUCAAGUAUGCCAUACACACCCAGUGGCCAUUCGGAAGGCUAGCCGAGAUCUUGGCAAAAGUAUUUCCCAAUGAUUUGCGGGCCCCAAUGAUGCAGCUCAUUGAGCAGACACCCACAGGACAAUCUAGGAAACGAAGGGCUCAUUGUUCCCCAGAUUUGGAUCGCCUGGGGAAACACCCAAGGAUCGAGGAUGUUACCGAAGCUGAGAGGGUAUGA